UCACAACACUGCCCGCCACUUGCAUUCCUUUCAGCUUCCAUAUCGAUUCUCCUCCACAACACAAGUCGCGUCGGCUAUCACGGAAAUCCGGUCGCGAACACAUAUCCCAACAACAUCCUCAAUCUCGACAGGAAAAUAAAUCGAAAUCAUGCCUGGCGGUAAAGGAAAAACCGGAGGAAAGACUGGUGGAAAAGGCGAUUCACACGCCAAAACAACCAAGUCGCACUCGGCGAAGGCUGGCCUACAGUUCCCCUGCGGUCGCAUAAAGCGCCAUCUCCGAAACAUCACACGCCAGAAGACGCGCAUCGGUGCCAAGGCUUCCAUCUACCUAACCGCCGUUCUCGAAUACCUGACCGCCGAAGUCCUCGAACUCGCAGGCAACGCCGCCAAGGAUCUCAAAGUCAAGCGCAUCACGCCACGCCAUUUGCAACUCGCCAUCCGCGGUGACGAAGAACUGGACACGCUCAUCCGCGCGACGAUCGCCUUCGGUGGUGUCCUUCCACACAUCAAUCGUGCACUGUUGUUGAAGGUCGAACAGAAGAAGAAGGGCAAGCCAGUGGAGGCGUAGAUGAAAUCCGGAAUGUGACGGAACGACGUAUAGGAAUGCAUGACACGCUCAGACGCAUCUCGGACGGGAUGCGAGGGAGGGCGUGAAAGUGCGAAAGCGAUGGGCAGCGAUGGAUGGGCGUCUUUCUUCGUGUUCUCUCUCCACACGUAUUCUUCCUCGAUCUAGCAGCCUACGAUUACUCCGCUGUUCCUCGGGUGUGGCAAAAAAGCACACCUGCAUGCGCUUCGAGGGUAGGCCGCGUGUGGAGG